CGCCAGCGGAAGUGACGUCGCUCGCCAUGGCGAACAGUCUACUUCCCUUUUCUUUCUCACGCGACAGCCACCAUGCCGCCUAAAAAGGAUACAAAGGGUUCCUCUAAACAGCCUCAGAAAACCCAGAAGAAGAAGGAAGGCGGAUCUGGUGGAAAGGCUAAGAAGAAGAAAUGGUCCAAAGGAAAAGUACGUGAUAAGUUAAACAAUCAAGUACUCUUCGACAAACUUACAUAUGAAAAGUUGUUAAGAGAAGUACCGCAGUACAAAUUGAUUACUCCAUCAAUUGUUAGCGAAAGGUUAAAAAUUAGGGGAUCUCUCGCAAGACGGGCACUGAUAGAACUACAGCAGAAAGGCUUCAUCAAGCAGGUUGUGCAGCAUCAUGCACAACUUAUCUAUACACGUACUACUAAGGGAGAUGACCCAGCAGUAUAAUAUGUAAACAUCAAUUUAAUAAAAAAAAUUCUAAGCCAAGA